CACACAUGUAAACAAAAGAGUGACAGGUGUCUUUUUCAAAACUACACUAUAUCUUUAUUCAGUUCACCUCCAAGACAUACCACUGAGAUGUAACGCCCCUGCUUUAGCUACUGCACUGUCACAUGAAAACUGCCACAAUGGAUAUAGAGCCUGAUGUCGAGGACUCUACAUCUGCAACUGGCUCUGCAGUUGAUGAUGACGCCAAUGAUACAAGUGAUAUAGAUAGUGCAGAAGAGGAGCGUAAAAGGACACGUCAUUGCAUCACAGGCCGAGGAAUCACCCUGAAGAUGUUGAUGUCUGAUGGAGUGAUGGAUUAUGGAGAUGGCGUCAUGACAAUUGAAUAUUUGGGAAAAAAGUUCAAGGCUGAUCUACUAGAGAAUGGUAAAAUCAAAUGGGUGAAUGCGGCUGGACAGUCAUUGUAUUUCAACUCCCCAAGUGCAUGGGCGAUCAAUUGUAAGAAAAUUGUCAACCCGCAAAAGAAAUCAGGCUGUGGAUGGGCAUCCGUGAAAUACAAAGGCAAGAAGUUAGACAUAUACAAAUCUGCUUGGUUCAGAAAAGUCCGACCUAACCAGGCAGUUCUGACUGGGCCGUCAGAAGAUAAUGGUAGAUAUGGUAACAGUGACCAGGCAGAGGAGGCAGACCAUGAGAGCAAUGACGAGACAGACAGUAAACAUUCCAGUUUCUCACAACCACUUCCAAAGAAAAAAAAGACCAGCAAUAAAUACAAUGUGUCCAACGGAGCCAAGAAAUCCAAUCCAGGAACCCCUACAACAACAUCCGUGCCAUAUCACAAAGUAGCUGAGCGCAAAUCAGACCAGGAUACCAAGAUCUUAGUGGAAAGCUUAUCAUUUGAUGUCCUUGGGAAAAUACAACCAUUUACUAUGACUGUAUCCAGCAACUGUUUACUUAUAAUGGACUUCCAUUCACAUUUGACUAGUAGUGAGGUUGUAGGGUACCUAGGGGGAAGAUGGGACUCUAGCUCUCAACACAUGACUAUUGAACAAGCAUUCCCAUGUAAGUGUAGACUUGGUGACAAGGACAAUGCACAUCUCACAGAAGAUGAGAUCAAAUAUGCAAUGGACCGUAAAGGUCUGCAGUUGGUGGGCUGGUACCACAGUCACCCACAGAGCCAAGCAGACCCAUCACUGCGUGACCUUGACUGUCAGAUGGACUACCAGAUCAAGAUGAAGGGAACUGGAUCUUCCAGCUAUCACCCAUGUGUUGGCAUGAUCGUCUCAAGUUUCGACCCUGCCAAUACUGAUGUUGAGUCUUCUAUAAAAGCCUAUUGGGUAAUGCCUCCUCCUGAAGUCUGGUACUCACAUGCAUAUCAGAACAAAACCAGGGAUUAUGGUAUGCCUAUGGACAUGAUUUUCCAAAUGAAGCAGGAACGAUUUCUAUCAGAAAGUGUUCUCAGUGACCUAAGAUCUCUCGGGGAAUUUUACCAACGUGCACCAGACCUCGUUGAUUUCAAAUCUCUAUGGCAACCUGGUGUAACAAACCUGGAUAAACUGAAGAGUUCCAUUAAAAAGAAAUUUUCAAUGGACCAGGCUGAUGGACAAUUGCUGGAUUACAUUUCCAAACUCCUCACAGCAUAGGUUACUGAUUGUGUAUCCAUGGCAACAGUUUUCUACAAUAGCAGCUACUAAUAUUACAUAAUGUUUCUGUGGCAACAAUUUGUCGACAUAGCGACUGUCAACAUAACCUUUUUAAUGGCAUUAGUGCAACUGAUGGUAUUCCUUUGGCAACCAGUGACCAUGGUAAUGGAAUAGUUACUAUGGUAUCCAUAGACAAUCAUUAUGUUCCAAUACAAAUUAUGUUGCCAGGACAACAGCAUAUUGUGAUGACAGCAAGGUUUUGUAACAGUAGCAACUAAUUUUCAGCAGAAAAUCAUUUUCUUUUAGUUUUAGUUAUCACAUGGAAUAAC